CUUGGUAGUGGUUGUGGCUUGUUGGGUUUGGUAAUGUGCUCUUUAAGCUUUGAAACAACUUUGACUGAUCUAGCUUCCGUCGUAGAUAAUGUAUUAAAAGAAAACCUUCCUUCCGAUUUUACUUCUCCAUAUGAUUAUAUUGUUGCUACUGAUUAUAGAUAUUCAUUGGAUCUAAUUCCUCAUUUUAUAAAAUGUUUACAAAAUCUUUCUAAUGCCAAAUUUGUAAUUAUAUGUGGAAUGGAAAGAAGAGAUCCGAUUGUUAUAAAUAAUUUUUUAAAUCAAUGUAAAAAAAAUUUAUGGAUUUAA